GCGCGGCGCCUGCGCAGACAGCGCCUGUAUCUCUCUGUCUGUGUGUGGGGGAAAGUUUGCGCCAAGUUGGAGGCGGAGAGCCCGCGGGCUCCGAGUGUCCGUGUGCGCGCGCUGGCGGCCCGCAGCAGCCCCGGCACCCCGCCGCACGGCCGCACCAACCCCAACCCCAACCGGGGCCGCUCCCGCUCUCGCACCCGUACCCAUGCGACUCGAGGCCGCUGCCAGCGCCGCCCGGCCCAGGCUUCAUGUGGGCUAGGCCGCGGCCUAACCCCGUCCCUGCGCUGAGGCAGGCCGGCCGGCCGCUGCUGCUGCUGCCCCUCGUCCCGCCGCACAACCCGUCCGAUUAUUCUCGCUGCCUCGUCGCCCUGAGUGAGGCCCUGGGCCUGCCGGCGCCGCCACACGUCCCGCCUCGACCGCCACCGUCGGCCGCUGUGUUGAAUGUGGGAUAAAAUGGAGACCAAGACCAUCGUCUACGACCUGGACACCUCUGGAGGGUUGAUGGAGAAAAUCCAAGCCUUGCUGGCCCCUCCGAAGAGCGAAGAGAGCGACAAGAAGGCGAAGAAGCUGGAGAAGGAGCCGCGACGGAGCGGCCGGGCUACCAACCACGACACCUGCGAUAGCUGCAAGGAGGGAGGCGACCUGCUGUGCUGCGACCACUGCCCGGCCGCCUUCCACCUUCAGUGCUGUAACCCUCCCCUCAGUGAGGAGAUGCUUCCACCUGGAGAAUGGAUGUGUCAUAGGUGCACAGUUCGUAGAAAAAAGCAAGAGAAAAAGGAAAGACUAAGCCAAGUAAAUGGAGUUAUGGACAAGCAGACGGUUAAAAGGACAGCCUCGCCUACUGUGGACAUGGAGUUCCCUGACAAGUCCCACAGUAAAGCAUUGGAUUCCAGGGUGGACAGUAACUGUAGAGCAUUUGCACAAGCAAAAACUUUGGAAAGGCAUGUCAGUCGGCCUGGCACACCGACGUCUAACGCAAGCACCGACACGCCCACCUCUGAGCAGAACGAUGUGGACGAUGACUUGAUUGAUGUGGACGAUGACAAUGCUGCCAUGGAGAUAGACUGCUCACAAUUACAAAUAAGGAAUCCAUUUGAAAUACUUAUAGCAGCAGCCAUGGAGCGAAAUCCAACUCAAUUCCAACUUCCAAAUGAACUGACAUGUACCACAGCACUUCCAGGUACCAGUAAAAGGAGAAGAAAAGAAGAAAUGACAGGGAAGAAUGUGAAGAGGUCACAGCAUGAACUAGACCACAAUGGCCUGGUCCCACUACCUGUCAAAGUUUGCUUCAUUUGUAACAGGAGUUGCAGAGUGGCGCCCCUUGUCCAGUGUGAUUACUGCCCUUUAUUGUUUCACAUGGACUGCCUGGACCCACCUCUUACUGCAAUGCCAAUGGGAAGAUGGAUGUGCCCUAAUCAUAUUGAACAUGUGGUGCUUAAUCAAAAGAAUAUGACGUUGAGCAAUAGGUGCAGAAUAUUUGACAAGUUUCAAGACCGAAUAUCACAGCAUGCAAUUAAGAUUGACUUUCUAAACAAGAUCCACAGAAAGCAUCCACCCAAUCGCAGACUUGCAAAGCCAGUGAAAAGGAAAAACAUGAAGGUUCCUGAAGCAAUUAAGGCCCAGUACCAGUAUCCACCGCCUCUCCUUCCUCCGGCAGGAAUCCGUGAUGGAGAGCUGAUAUGUAGUGAGACUCCCACUGAGUCACAAAAGCACCUUUCCAACCAUGAGCACUUUGCUGCUGAAGAGGAACAACAGGAGUGGCUUCGUAGUGUUGUUGCACUCCAGUGCAGCAUAUUCAAACAUUUAUCUGCUAAGCAGAUGCCAUUAUAUUGGGACUCUGAACGCGUUGACAAAGCGGAUAUUAAGCCAUGUGUCUCAGCGCAGUGUUCAGCGGACAGCUCUUUAAGCAGCGUGCAUCAGGCAGCUGGAAAGAAACCAUCGUCCCCAUCACUGACUUCAUGCAAUGUUACGCGCACCUCAGGGACCAACAGCCAGAAUUCUUCAGGUUCCUCCGCAUCACAGCAGCCUGGCGCUGCAGUCACACAGGAAGAAAAUGCCCGUAUUUUACACGCCGAGACCUCGUGCAAGUCGUCGAGCGGCAGCGGGACUUCCAACGGACCUUUGUCAACAGAGGUGAAAGUAAACCGGCCUUUCCCGUGUGCGCUUUCAUCUGAACCGUCCCGGCAGCUGUCAGACACGCAGAGACCAAAGGGCCAAUUGACGCCGCAGCUGCCAAGCCAAGUCUCUGGGCAGGCAUGGCUGCAUUCUCAGCUGCGGCCAACCACCCCACCAGCAGCCGGCAACCUCCAAAACCAUUUUGUGGGAACGGUUGUCAAGGCGGAGAAUGCAGGAGGACCCGUUUCGUGCUUGCAACGAAUUCCUAUCAGUGUGACGAGUGUUCCCGCUUCUUUAUCUACUUUGUGUGCCAGUUCUGAGAUCACCAGCAGCUCGCAGCUCAAAAGCAUCGCUUCAGUGCAGAUAGCUGGGCGGCCUACCACGUUCAUGGCAAAAGUCGUCACGACAUCCUCUGCGAUAGCCAGGGCUAUUACACCUCCAAGAGCAGUGGCAGAUAGUGUAUCAACACUGUUGGGACCUUCAAGGAACCUAAUUUCACCAGCAGCCACAGGUAAAGUGAGUCCAACUGUGCUGUCAACAGGUGUGUCAGUGGGAAACAAAGCCGUUCCCUUAACUUCUCCAUUAAAUACUUCAGUUAUGUUUGACCUUGCCAACUCUCUGCAGGCAGCUAUGGAAGGAAGUGGAGAGAUUGAACUCAGUAAGCUGGAUGAAAAAUUGAUUCAGGUACUGGCUUGGCAGAGAAUUCAGCAGCUGUUUCCUCCCAAAGCAUCCUCUUUACCACCAGUACUUAGCACCUCGAAAACCCAGACAAGUGCUGCAAACACGCAGACUGAAGUUCCAGUGAAAGAAGUUCAGGCACGAGCUGUGUUUUAUCCCCUAACGGGUAAAGGUCAAGCUGUUAGUAUGUGCUACCGAACACUUUAUAUAGGAACAGGUGCCGACAUGGAUGUGUGCCUUACAAAUUAUGGUUAUUGUAAUUAUGUUUCAGGCAAACAUGCCUGCAUAUUCUAUGAUGAGAACACAAAACACUAUGAAUUGCUGAACUACAGUGAACAUGGGACGACUGUUGACAACGUGCUCUAUUCAUGUGACUUCUCUGAGAAAACUACACCCACUCCACCAAGCAGUAUUGUUGCCAAAGUUCAAAGUGUAAUAAAAUAUUGCAAGAGCAGAAAGGAAGAGGAGGAGCAGGAGGAGAUGGUCAUGAGUUCCCAGGCCCAGGGACCGCAGGGUAAAGCGUGCAGCUGCAAGGCCAGCAGCUCCAGUUUAAUCGGGGGCAGUGGCGCAGGGUGGGAAGGGACGGCGCUGCUGCAUCACGGAAGCUACAUCAAGCUGGGCUGCCUCCAGUUUGUCUUCAGCAUCACAGAGUUUGCAAUGAGGCAGCCAAAAGAGGAGGAAGGCCUCUUGCACGAUGCUGACCUAGAACAGAAGCAUUUGAUGAAACUUCAUCAAGUCCCAGUGUUACGAUCCAACUCUGUUCCAUGAGAGUUUCUGAAGUGUACAUAGGACUAAACAGGGAACCAUGAACCGAAGAAGCUGUCUUUAUAUUGCAUGGAAUGAAGUAUCUUCAGCAUUUUUUAAUUUUUUUUUUUUUUUUGCCCCCCCCCCCCCCC